AUGUCAUCCAAAGAUAAUAUCAUCAUCACUGAAGAUUCAUCUUCUUCUGAACAGGUUUUCAGAGGCAGAGAUGAAAUCGAUCAAUAUUUGUAUUUGAAAAAACCUUGGUACAAGUAUGGUCACCUUCGUUUAUUGCAUUUUUGGAUUCUUAUUAUCACUUUAACCUCUACCAACAACGGUUAUGAUGGUUCUAUGUUGAACGGUUUACAAGUUUUGGAUAAUUGGAAAGAUGCUAUGGGAAACCCACAGGGUGCUGUCUUGGGUGCUUUAUCAAAUGGUAAUACCUUUGGUGGUGUUAUUUCCUUCGCUUUUGCUUCUAUUCUUGCUGAUAAGUUUGGUAGAAAAUCUACAAUCAUGCUUGGAGUAAUGUUUACUAUUUUAGGUGCCAUUUUACAAGGUGUUGCUACCAACUAUACAUUCUUUAUCUGGGCAAGAAUCAUUUUAGGGUUUGGGUUUGGUAUCUCAACUGUGUCUUCUCCUGCCUUAAUUGCUGAAUUAUCCUAUCCAAGUUAUAGAGAAACUUGUACUGCCUUGUACAACACAUUCUGGAAUUUUGGGGCUAUUAUUGCUGCCUGGGUCACAUUUGGUACUCAACCAAUUACUACUUCUUACUCAUGGAGAAUCCCUUCUUAUUUACAAGGUGCCAUGCCAGUCGUACAAAUGCUUUUUAUUUGGUGGAUCCCAGAAUCUCCAAGAUACUUGGUUGCUAAAGGUAAGACCGAAGAAGCUAGAAAUAUCCUUUUGAGAUACCAUACUGGUAAUGAUGGUACAGAAGAAGGUCAAUUAUUGGUUGAUUUUGAAAUGCAAGAAAUCAGUGCUGCUUUGGAAAUGGAAAAGCUUCAAUCUAAUUCAAGAUACAUUGACUUUAUUAAAAUCCCAACCUACAGAAAAAGAUUGUUCCUCUUGAUUUUCACUGCUGUCAUUAUGCAAUUAUCUGGUAAUGGUUUAGUUUCUUACUACUUGAACAAGGUUUUGGACACCAUUGGUAUUACUGAACCAAAGAGACAAUUGGAAAUCAACGGUUGUUUGAUGAUUUAUAACAUGGUUCUUGCUUGGGCUGCUGCAUUUGCUGCUCCAUACUUCAAGAGACGUACUUUGUUCUUGGCAAGUAUUUGUAUCAUGUUGACAUCCUAUAUCAUUUGGACUGCUCUUUCUGCUCGUUUUGCCAUGACUGGUUUCCAGGACCACUCUUUGGCCAAUUCAGUUCUUGCCUUUAUUUUCAUCUUCUACUUGGGUUACAAUACUGCAAAUUCAGGUAAUAGUGUUUUGUAUAUAUCUGAAAUUCUUCCAUUCACCAUCAGAGCCAAGGGUAUCAAUGUUUUCUUCUUGUCCCAAAAUAUGGUUUUGUUGUUCAACGGGUUUGUCAAUCCAAUCGCUAUGGACGCCAUUGAAUGGAAGUAUUAUAUUGUCUACUGUUGUGUUUUGGCUGUUGAACUUCUUGUUGUUUAUUUCUUCUACGUCGAAACUUCUGGUUAUACUUUAGAAGAGGUUGCUCGUGCUUUUGGUGAUGAUGAUGUUUCUCACGUUACCAAUAUUGACAAACCAGUGGUUGAUCACGUUGAAAAAUUGGCCUAG